AAGUUGUCGCUUGUUAAACUGUAAACUUGUAAAACAAACUUUUUUAAACGUCUCACUCUCCGCUCCCAUAGGUGGCGCUGUGUCUCGUCAUCCUUAUGUGUCGUUCUUAUUCUGCUGUAUUUGUGCUGUGAAUGCUGACAUCAAGAGUGCUCAUCAAUAUUGAGGAGUCAUCCGGUUGCUGAGGAACGUUUCAACGCUAAUUGUCAUUUUCCAAGUCGGUGUUUGCUAGCUGGAUUCCUGCACUUUAUUUAAUCGAGUGAAGCAAGACGAGUCGCCAUGAGUAAUACUACACAAAGAAAAAAGCGCACCGCUUCUACUUCAUCGUCCAGACGCAAUACCAGCAAGAGGAGCCAAAAUCAGACAUCUCACACUGUGAUGGAAACCAUUGAUGUGCUUGAAAAUGAGAGGACUAACAUUUUGGAUGACAUGCCAUUACAAGGUGAAGAUGUGGUGGAUUUAACAUGCGAAGGGUUAGAACCUGCGGUUGUUGACCUUACCAAUAAUGAUUCAAUUGUGGUUGUGGAAGAUGCUGUGCAGAAUAGGCGUGGACAAGGCACAGAAAGUUAUGUACUAAGCAGUGAUGAAGAGGAAGAGUCUAGUUUAAGACUUAGUCCUGGCUUGCUCUCAUCUUUACAUGCCAGCUCCCAAGCCAGGUCUACACCAGGGGCAGUUAGCUGCCCCGUAUGCAUGGACGCUUAUUCAGAGAUUAUUGAAAGCGGACGGCUCAUGGUCUCCACAAAAUGCGGUCAUCUGUUCUGCAGUCAGUGUAUACGCGACUCCCUCAGUAGAGCUCACAGCUGCCCCACAUGUAGAAAGAAACUCACGCACAAACAAUAUCAUCCGAUAUAUAUAUAAUAAUAAUAAAUAAACAUUCAGGCAGUCAUUGAAACCAGCAUACUUGUAUCUUAGCCAAUUUCUCCCGCACGCUCCCAGAAAACAACUGUACAUGGCUCUCGUGAUGAUAUGAUACUGGCCGUUUCAUAUUUUAUAUGUUAGUGCAGAAAUUACAUUUGGCUAAACAGUUUACAUGCUGGAAUGUAGGAGAGCUGAAAAUGGCACUUUGUCCUGGAUAAAAUAUUUAAAAAAUGUGAAUAACAGUGUUUUGGGGUAUUCAGAAUAUAUACUGACAUGCUUCUGGACUUGGCUGCUAUUAUCAAUUUUUUUUUUUAAACGAAGGUGUCAGUUUUAAAUGGACAAUGAAGGACCAAACAUCACAGUAAUGUAUCUAGUCUUAAAAGCAAAAGAGCUUACUGUUGUAAUUGUCUUCAUCGUUCAUUGAAAUGUCAGAGCUUUCUGUGAUGUUUGGGACAAAUCACACGUUCAUCCAUUUCCUCAUGCAAAUUUAUUUGAAUGGCCUUAAUAGAAACCAUACUGGUUCUAGUUAUUUGUCACAUACAGUUAACAUGCCAUCUAUCAUUAGGAUCAAUAUACAGGUUUUUGAUUGGCCAUCAAACAAAUUGUUUUGAAAAAGAAACGAAUGUUGGUCAAGACACUAUAAAUGCCUCAUUUUGUCCUGGAAAAGUCAUGUUACUAAAAAGCACUAAAAAAUGAUCUUGAAUUUAUUCAUUCCUCAUUGGUCAGAUUUUGGAAUGAUAACCAUUUUCAGGUUUAGAACAAAAUGAGGCUGAGAAAAUUCUCCCUAACAAUGCUGUUUUGCCAAAUCUACCCGUUAAUAUUAAGUAUUUGUAUAUAGUUUAAUGUAUAAAAUACCUGUAAGUUAAAAGUUAUUCAUGUGAAAAGAAUUGAUUUUGUUUCAAUAAACAUUUUGAUCACUGAUGUUAA